AUGCUGUUGCGCCCCAGCCUUGCGCGGAGCGUGGCGCGGCGCGGGGCGCAGUUGGCACGCUUGUGGCUGAGCCAUGAGGAUGCCAUGCACUACCUGGCACGGGUCUUGGCUGCGGUGGCCGAUGCCCAACGCGGGCCCAGUGCGAGAUCAAAAGAGAUCUACUUUGUUUGGAGCGAAUCCGAAGAGCUCAUGCUGGAGUUUGCGCAGUCCGUGCCAUAUUUUGCCCACUUGCCACGUGAAGAGGCGCUCCGCCACCGAGCCUUGCGAUGGAAUCCCUUGUGGUGGUUGAGUAUCUUGGGCUGCGCCGCAUGCAUUCUACUUGGUCACGGUUUCCACACAGCCUGCUGCCAGGGCGGGCAAGUGAGAUCGGAUGAGCUGGAGGUCGAACGGCGGGCCAGAAUCUGGUGGGUCUAUUGCUACUCCGGGGGCUUUGUGGGCACCGUCCUGACCGACCUCAUUGCUUUGGUGUCUGCUGUGGUCACAGAGACCGAUCCUGAGGACCGAGGAACAGGACGGUACGGUCUUGUGAAGUGGCUAUUUUGA